CGAAUAAGAAGUCGGUCCCGGUCGUCAUCUCGUCGUCGUUCGCCAUCCCGUAGUCGACGUCGAAGAUCACGAAGUUCAAAGAGACGUUUGAAGUCUCGAUCACCACGUCGUUCUAGAUCUAGGCGACGCACGAGCAGUCAUAGGUCUCGAUCGAGACGAGGACGUCGUUCUCGUGUACGCUCCCCCUCGUCACCACGCCGUCGCAGCAGCCGGAGGAGUAGGUCACGCGAAAGACGUCGACGUUCACGAGAAAGACGCGAGAAAGAACGUCGGGAACGUCAUGAAAGAGAUAGAGCUAGGAGGGAACGUCGUAGCCGCAGUCGUUCUAAACAUAGGGAGAAUGGGAAGGAGCGAAAGGUGAAACGUUAUGACUCGAAAAAGGAUGAAAAGAAGUCGAAAGAACGCAGUAACAGUCAUAGGGACAAUCGCGACAGGCAUGCCUCAGAAAAUGGCAAAUCUAAGUCUAAGGAACAAAAGGAGUCAGUGAAUUCUAAUUCUGUUGAAGAAAUGCCACAGUCACCAUCGAAUACCACCAAAGAUCUAACUCCUGGUGAAGUUGUUAAUGAUGAAAAUCUUGCUAAUGACCCAAGUUCCCCCAGAAAACCUGUGGGUGUGAAGUUAGCCGGCCCAGAGGAGGAAGAUGCUCAGGCCUAA